AUGAACUCGGGGUUUUUGCCUUUGCUGCUUCUUUGGGUCAUUCUUUGCGCUGCCGAUGCCAGGAUCCUGGUGGGCUCGAAGGGUUCGUUCAGGUUUAGGGGUGAGAAGAAUUUCUUCAAUGGCCCUGGCAUAGCCGAGGGAGGAGGUGGUGGUUUCGGCGGCGGCGGAGGUUUUGGUGGGGGUGGGGGUGGCGGUGGAGGACUAGGUGGUGGGGCCGGGUUUGGAGGAGGAGUUGGUGGUGGGUUUGGAGGGGGUGGGCUUGGUGGUGGUGGUGGUGGAGGUGGAGGUGGUGGUGGCGGUGCCGGCGGAGGUUUGGGACUUGGUGGUGGGGCCGGGUACGGCGGAGGAAUUGGCGGUGGCAGUGGCGGUGGCGUCGGAGAUGAUGACCUGCCUUGA